UCUCCCCUUCCUCUUUAUAACCAGGGCUGCCAGGGAGAUGAGUCCAAACCUGCUCUGAGUAUUCAUUGCAAGGAGCCUGGGCCUGCACUCUCCUGCACAAUGACACUGACUCAAGCCGAGAAGGCUGCCGUGGUCACCAUCUGGGCAAAGGUGGCUACCCAAGCUGAUGCCAUUGGGGCAGAAUCACUGGAGAGGCUUUUCUCCAGCUACCCCCAGACGAAAACCUACUUCCCUCACUUUGAUCUCAGCCAAGGCUCAGCUCAGCUUCGUGGUCAUGGCUCCAAGGUCAUGAAUGCCAUUGGGGAAGCUGUGAAGCAUAUUGAUGACAUUAGAGGCGCUUUGGCCAAACUCAGUGAGCUGCAUGCUUACAUCCUCAGGGUGGACCCAGUGAACUUCAAGCUGCUUUCCCACUGUAUCCUGUGCUCCGUGGCUGCCCGCUAUCCCAGUGACUUCAGCCCAGAAGUUCAUGCUGCAUGGGACAAGUUCCUGUCCAGUGUUUCCUCUGUUCUGACUGAGAAGUACAGAUAAAUGGCCUCCAUGGAGGGUGAGGGACGCACAUCCAUGGCGCACCCCAGCUGCCAGUCUCAGGGGUAUUCACCCCUUCCUAUGCAGUCCUCUCAAAUCACCUAUGCAGGGGCUUGGUCAUCUGCAAAACCCACCAAUAAAUAAUUCAAAUAUGA